AUGGAUGUUAGCACGUCGGACCUCGACGUAACAGACAUUGAAGCAGUGAAAAACAAAGGCCAUCGGGAAGUGGCAGCUGGGCAGUUCGAGAAUGCGAUCAAUGCAUUCAGCUUGGCGCUCAAGCUUGCAAGGGAUCCCAGCGAGGAGGCUCGAGUUCUAAGCAACCGCAGCGGCGCUUUUGCAAGCCUGUGUCGGAAGUUGCGCAGCAUUCCUGCCGCACAGUCAGAGGCGCAAGCGCUGUACGGCCUCGAUCCCUUCACCCUCGCCCAGCUGGCGCUCAAGGAUGCCGAGCGAGCGGUUACCCUGCAGCCCAAAUGGGCCAAAGCCCACCUGCAACUGGGAUCGGCGUUCUACCUUGUGGAGCGCUAUGAAGAUGCGCAGGCAGCGCUGCUGGAGGGGUUGGCCUUGGAGCCCGGCAGCCCCAGUUUGCGAGAGGCACUCUUUGCCGUGCGUGAGGCGCUCUCCAAUGCCGCCUCCACUUCGGCCGCGCAGCCGUCCGGCACCCCCCGGUCGGCGCGGACGGUGGAGCGUUGCGAUGACACGGAGUGCAUACUGUGCAUGAAGCUGCUGUACGAGCCGGUGACGACGCCGUGCGGCCACACCUUCUGCCGCGCCUGCUUCGCGCGCACCACCGACCACUCCAACAAGUGCCCUAUGUGCAGAACGGUGCUGCAUGUGGGGCGGCAGCUGCCGGUGACGGUGGCGCUGGCGAGUGUGCUGGAGCGCUCCUUCCCGGACGAGUACGCCGCACGCCGCGAUGAGUCGCGUUCCACCGCCGCGCAGGGAACGCCUGCUGCCGGAGAGGCUCCCCUGCCGCUCUUUGUCAUGUCCUGCAUGAUGCCCGGUGAGAAGAUGGCUCUUAACAUAUUUGAGCCGCGGUAUCGGCUGAUGGUUCGGCGGUGCAUGGAGGGAGCGCGGCGUUUUGGCAUGGCCACCGUGGGGGCCUCGCACACGCUCAACAACUUUGCCUGCGAGUGCGAAAUUCUUGAGUGCCAGCCGCAGCCGGACGGGCGGUUUUAUCUGGAGGUGGUGGGCCGCCGGCGCUUCACAAUCCAGCAGUCUUGGGAGCAGGACGGCUACCGAGUCGCCAUGCCGCAGUUCUUCGGCGACGAUGCGCCGCAGCCCGGCAGCACCGAAGCCAUUGAGCUGGCCGCGCUGGCCGCCGCUGUGGAGGCGCGAGCUGACGCCUGGGUCGACCGAGUCAAGGCGUACGCGCGCGGCCGCCGGGGCAUCCGGGUGAUGGAGCUUCUGCAGCGCGCCGGCGAGAAGCCGGCAGCCGCUUGCGCAGAGGCGUUGUCAUUCUGGGUCGCCAAUCUGCUGCCGAUGGAAGCUGCCGACCUGCUGCGGCUGCUUGGCCUUACUCACACGCGCGACCGGCUUGCCUAUGAGCUCGCACUAUUUGACGAGCACUCAGCCGCCGGCGAGACCUGCGCAGUCAUGUGA